AUGACUAUGAUGACUGAUCCUCCGCCGCAGUUAGAUCAAGAGGAGGAUGCGAUGUCGGUUCCAGAAUUUGUAAUUGAAGGUCCUCAACCUAUGGAAGUCACACAACCAGAAGAAGCCGCCGAACCAGUUGAGGAUGAUCCUGCAUCUUCUUCUUCGAGAUUUAUUUGGAAGAUUGAGAACUUUUCUAAAUUGAACACACAAAAGCAUUACUCUGAUGUGUUCACUGUUGGUACUUAUCAAUGGCGUGUACUGAUGUUUCCAAAGGGAAACAACGUAGACCACUUAUCGAUGUUCCUUGAAAUCGCGGACUGGUCUAAUUUGCCAUAUGCUGCACAGUUCAGCUUGGCAGUCGUCAAUCAAAUCGAUAUCAAGGACACAGUGAGAAAAGAUACGCCAGAACACCAAUUUACUGCACAAGAAAGGGAUACGGGGUAUAAAUUUUUCAUGCCUCUUAGUGUACUCUACGACCCUGGUAGAGGUUAUCUCGUAGAUGAUACUUGUAUUGUUGAAGCAGAGGUUAAGAUCAUGAUGCGAACGGGUUAUGUUGGUCUUAAGAAUCAAGGAGCAACAUGUUAUAUGAACUCUCUCCUGCAGACUCUAUAUCAUAUUCCUUAUUUCAGGAAGGCAGUGUACCAUAUGCCAACAACUGAGAAAGAUUUAGCAUCAGGAGGAAGCAUCCCUUUGGCUCUACAAAGUUUGUUUUAUAAGCUUCAGUAUGGUGGUAGAAAUAGCGUCGGAACAAAGGAGCUCACUAAAUCUUUCGGAUGGAAUACACAUGAAUCUUUCAUGCAACAUGAUGUGCAGGAACUUAAUAGGGUUUUGUGUGAAAAGAUUGAAGAUAAAAUGAAGGGAACUGUUGUGGAGGGUACAAUACGACAUUUGUUCGAAGGUCACCACAUUAACUACAUAGAAUGCAUCAAGGUGGACUACGAAUCUACUCGAAAGGAAUCAUUUUAUGACCUUCAACUUGAUGUAAAAGGCUGCAAGGAUGUUUAUGCUUCUUUCGACAAGUAUGUGCAAGUGGAGCGUCUUGAAGGUGAUAACAAGUAUCAUGCUGAUCAACAGCAUGGUUUACAGGAUGCAAAGAAGGGUGUCCUUUUCGUUGACUUCCCACCUGUUCUCCAGCUCCAGCUGAAACGGUAUGAAUAUGAUUUUACGCGAGACAUGAUGGUAAAGAUAAAUGAUCGGUACGAGUUCCCGCUGCAACUUGAUCUCGACAGGGAGGAUGGCAAAUACUUAUCCCCAGAUGCUGAUAAAAGCGUUCGCAAUCUUUACACACUUCACGGUGUUUUGGUUCAUAGUGGUGGGGUGCAUGGUGGACACUAUUAUGCCUUUAUAAGACCAACACUGUCAGAGCAAUGGUUCAAAUUCGAUGACAAGCGGGUAACAAAAGAAGAUAUCAAACGGGUAUUAGAGGAGCAGUACGGUGGAGAGGCAAAAUAUUUAAAUGCAUAUAUGCUCGUGUAUAUUCGUGAAAGCGACAGAGAUGAAAUUAUGUGUAACGUGGAUGAGAAGGACAUUGCUGAACACCUGAGGAUUAGGUUGAAGAAAGAAGCAGACGAAAAGGCGCAUAAGAAGAAGGAAAAGGCAGAGGCUCACCUGUAUACUCUCAUAAAAGUUGCUCGAAAUGAGGACCUUUCGAAACAGAUUGGGACAGAUACGUGUUUUGAUCUUGUUGAUCACCACAAAGUGUGUAGUUUUCGUAUCAAGAAACAGAUGCCUUUUAAUCUCUUCAAAAAGGAGGUUGCUAAAGAGUUUGGUGUGCCCGUGCAGUUUCAGCGGUUUUGGUUUUGGGUAAAGCGUCAAAAUCAUACUUAUCGUCCAUACCGACCAUUAACACUUCAAGAGGAGACGCAACCCGUUGGACAGUUGAGAGAAGUUUUAAAUAAGUCUAUUAAUCAGGAAGUAAAGCUUUUCUUGGAAAUAGAGAUUGGUCCAGAAUCACAUCCCAUUCCUCCUCCUAGUUAUAGACGAAAAGAAGAUAUUCUUCUUUUUUUCAAGCUUUAUGAUGCUCAAAAAGAAGAAAUUCGGUAUGUGGGGAGACUUUUUGUGAAGAAUAGUGGUAAGCCUUGUGAAAUUCUUGAAAAGCUUAAUGAGAUGGCUGGGUUUUCUCCAGAUGAAGAGAUAGAACUUUAUGAGGAAAUAAUGUUUGAACCUACUGUUAUGUGUGAGCGCAUAGACAAGAAGCUCACAUUCCGCGCUAGCAUGCUUGAAGAUGGGGACAUUAUUUGCUUACAGCGAUCCGCUUCAAGUGAUAGUACUACGACAGUAUACCGCUAUCCUGACGUUCCUUCUUUUCUGAACUAUGUUCGUAACCGUCAGGUUGUGCAUUUCCGAUCUUUGGAGAAGCCGAUGGAAAAUGAUAUUUGUUUAGAACUGUCAAAGGUAUUAACAUAUGACGAUGUCACGGAAAGAGUAGCUAGCCAUCUUGGUUUGGAUGACCCAACCAAGAUCAGACUUACCCCUCAUAACUGUUACUAUCAGAAACCUAAACCCAAAGCUAUUAAGUACCAAGGUGUUGACCACUUGUCUGAGAUGUUGAUUCAUUACAAUCGGACAUCUGAUAUUCUGUAUUACGAAGUCUUGGAUAUCCCUUUACCUGAGUUGCAAGAUCUGAGUACUCUAAAGGUUGCAUUUCAUCAUUCAACAAAAAAUGAUACGGGCGUUCAUAGUAUUAGACUUCCAAAACAAAGUACAGUUGGUGACUUGAUUAAUGAUCUGAAGACAAAGGUUGACCUGUCUCAUCCAGAUGCGGAACUUAGAUUGCUGGAAGUUUCCUACCACAGGAUUUAUAAGGUUUUUCCGCUUACUGAAAAGAUUGGGAAUAUUAGUGAUGAAUACUGGACAUUGCGGGCAGAGGAGGUUCCAGAAGAGGAGAAGAACAUGGGUCCUCGGGAUCGCUUGAUUCGUGUUUAUCACUUCACAAAAGAACCAUAUACGGUACAGAAUUUCGGGGAACCAUUUUUCUUUGUCAUCCAUGAUGGAGAGACUUUAGAUGUAGUAAAAUUGCGCAUACAGAAGAAAUUGAAGGUUCCUGAUCAGGAAUUCGAUAAGUGGAAGUUUGCAUCUUUGUCAUUGCUGCUUCAACCUGAGUACCUUCAGGACUCGGAUAUAGUUUUGAGCCAUUUUCAGAGAAAAGAUGUUUAUGGAGCUUGGGAGCAGUACUUGGGAUUGGAGCAUUCUGAUAGUUCCCCAAAAAGAGCAUAUGUAGCCAGUCAAAAUCUACAAAUAGGAUAA